AUGGCUCAUCCAGCACGUUUGUCACUACGUGCACCUCCUCAUCUCCCCUUUGUCCAAGGCUACCCCGGCAUCCCAGCUUCUUCCAACCCCGCCCGUCCGGCCCCAGCAGUACACGGUACUGUCGAACUUCGUUCCGGAUCCCUACCCCUUAGAGCUAAAUGGGUUCGAGUAGAGAUUCGUAAAUAUGAAACACUUCCUCCUGGUUUCCCAACCUCUUCAACAACUUCACCAAUGUGGGAACACGUAGGUGAGAUUGUCACUCUUUGGCAACCUUCCGGUGAUAAAGAAUACGAUACUUUGGAACCUACCGAUUUCAAAUUCUCAAUUUCUCUUCCAGAAGAUAUACCACCAACUUGUGAAAUGUUAAAAGGGACAGGAAUCAAAUAUGAACUGGUAGCUGCUUUAUGUUAUCGAGAAAAAGGUGGUUUAUUCAAAAAAGAAACUUCACCAAUACUCAAGAUUUCAGAACCUUUACGAAUCAUAAAACAUGAUUUACAUUCUGCUUGGCCAAUUUAUAAUUUACCUGAUACUCGUAUGGGAACUGCUUUAGGAGGACAAUUAACUUUGAUCGUUUCAAGACCAAGUACAGCUUUCGGUCCGACAGAUAGAAUUUUAUUCACAACUACGUUGAAAUCCACACAUCCGAAACCUUUCAAAUUCAAAGGAUUCGAAUGCACUUUACAUGAGGUCACCACGGUCAUACCUCCUCUUUCGCAAAAUACGAGUAAGAGGAAGAGUAAGAUACCUCCUCAGGGAUUGAGCAGAAGUAGGAUUGUUGCGUCUACUCGAGCGGCGGUGGACGAGUCAGUAGGAAGAGGAGGAGAGAAAUCAGCUAGGGUAGAUAUGGCAGUCCCGGUGGAUAAAUUAUUGUUGACGGUGAAAAAUGCGAAAAUCAUGAGUAUGUCGUAUGAGCUUGAGGUGAAGGCUAUAUGUGAUGGAUUAGGAGAGGUGAAAUGUGGGGGUAUUAUCUAUACUGUAGGACCUUAUGCCAGAGUUCAAGCUGAACAGGCAGUCAGAGACAUUGGUCAUUUUCCACCUCUGAGUAUGGGAGUUUCAUCAACCCCGGAUCCCUCAUCGCGACCUAUAUCACCAGGUUCGACACAAUCUCAAAUUCCCUCCGCAUCCAUCACCAGUAACUUCUCCCCUUCUUCAUCUUUCUACGCCUCACAACCUCUUCAACCAACUUCUGACCAUCUCUCUCCACCUACAAAUUUCUACCCUUCAAAAAUUCCUCAACCUCUUUAUCCCAAUCAACCUUCUUACCCACCGACCCAACAGUACUCCUCAUCCCAAGCGUCAUACUCUACCUCAAACACGUAUCUCCCUACCACAUCUUUCCCCGUUCAAAGUCCUUAUCAACCUAAUCAACCUUACCCACAACGACAAAUUCAAGGUUUCAUCCCACAAGAUCGUCGGAAAUCUUCUUCUACCAUCACUUCCACAACUACCACCACACAUGAUAUGGGUCCAGCCACCAGUGGACGACCAUACUCUACUUUACCGGGUAUGGGCGGGCGUCUGACUUUUCCCACUCCUUCACCGGCCCCGGCACUACAACGAAGUCCAUCGGUACCUUAUAGUAUGAGUGAGGAAAGUGGAGGACAUAGUAUGUUGGAGAGCGUACAAGAGAGAGCGCAAAGUGAUAUGGGACAUGGCUCCAGGGAGAACAGAGCGAGCGUUAUGACGACUAGUACAAACGGCACGUUUGGAGUGUGGGAAGGUGGUGCGAAGGGGGUUUUGGAGAAGACAGCAGUUGCUCAGAACUCCCCUACCCGCCCAAAUAGCACCAACCCUUCUCCUCGUCCAUCCCCUGGACUAUCUCGAGUUCCCCCUUCCUCCUGGCCUACAGCGGAACAAGAAAAACUCUCUCUGUACAGCUCCGCCCGGUCUCGUGCAGCAGUAACACAAGCCGCUUCUGGUGCCUCUCUUGACAAACUCGGUUUGUCCUCCUCCACCGAUAUGGAUCAUCCAUCGGAGGUCGCUCCGCCAGAAUAUGCACCGCCAGUCCCGCCAUCACCCCUAGUCCAACAAAAUCCCUCUUCUGCUGGACCUUCCAACCCUGGUUCAUCAGGUGGAACCAAACCUCCUCGUAUGUCUGAAACGUACCUCUCAGCUGCAGAAGAGAAAGAACGUCAGAAGAAAGCGUACGAAACAGCCAUGUCACGUGUUACCUCAUCUUCUUUCUCUUCUUCUCCUACUUCGUCCCAGCAGUCACAUAAACCCAACACCAUUUCUCAAAUUUCCCCCACAAAAGCCUCAUCGUCAAAUGUUCAACGAGCUCAAGACGUGCAAAGCAACGGCCACGAGGAAUUGAUACCUUAUGAUGCUAUUCCCAUCGCUGGUUCAUCCACUUCCAACGGAAUGUCAGGGAAUAUACCCGUCGCUGGGAUGGUCGAUGGAUUAAGUGAGAAAGAACAGAUGAGAAGGUAUUAUGAAGCUCGUGAAAAAGUUGAAAAAGCAUCAAAAGGUACAUCAUCUAGUUUAGGUCAUGGAGCUGAAUCACCUCCCAUCGCUUCUUCUUCCAAAAUUGGUUCUGGAAGUCCUCCUAAGGCUAAUGUGGAGGGACCUUAUAUAAAGGAAACAAUACGAUCGAAUCAAACACCAUCACAAAAUGUCCGAGGAGGAAGUCAAGAGAACCAAAAACCUCAAGACGUUCGAGCAUCUCAAGAAUCAAACGUCAGUCAAGUGGUGCAGAGUGGGAUGACAGGGAUGAGCGAGAAAGAACAAAUGAAAAGAUAUUAUCAAGCUCUCGAUAGAGUUAAACAAGUCGCUUCACCCGAUACUCAGUUUUCCCCAUCUACAUCGGGAUUCAAUUCCCUACCUUCCAGCAAUACUUUCGUCACUGCUACAUCUAGCAAUUCUUUAGGUACUGCUUCUUCCGCUAUUUCAUCUAUACCGCCAACAAUGUCCACCAUACCCACUAGGGGAAAUCUGGACGUCGUAUCAUCUUCGAAUAAUCAAGGUCAAACUUUAAGCUCGGGGUCAUCUGUGGCAGGACCAAGUAAGACUUCAGUAGUAGGGAAAGGAACACCUUGGGCUUCAGCAGAGGAAGAGAAAGAAAUGAUGAGGAAAAGAUAUGAAACUGCUACGGCUGCUGUCAAACGUGUCGCUUCUCCACCUAUUCAAUCUCCUACUUUUCCAUCAUUUAUUCCGGCUUUGUCGUCUUUUCAAUCUUCACUGCCUGCUUCAUCUUCUUUCCCAGCUUCACUUCCUGCUUCAUCUUCUUUUCCAUCCGCCGCCCCUGCUUCUUCUCCGUCCAAAUCUUCCAAUCAAGCUAAAAUGAUUAACACUGAUAGUGGUGCUUCCCCAAAACGAACCGAGCUCAUCACACAUACUGGUGCAUCACGGGAAGCUUUCGGUAACAACAAAGAAGGUCAACUUGAUGGAAGAUGGACGAGGGAAACGGAGGAGAUACCACCACCUUUACCGGCUAGACCACCGAGGGAAUAUAUCAAUUUGUUAUCACCAUGAUCAUCUCAUAUCUUGAAGAGUAUGUAUUCUUGAUUGUGAUAAUAAUG